GAGGACUCAAUGUUCAGACGAACUUAUCGAUGGUGCUUUACUGAUGCCGGUCAAUUUUUCUUCCAAGUCAUCACCCAGCCAGACCCGCUUUUUCGCGCACCUAUCGAUGUUGUUGCUAAAGAGUGCGCAGCGCACCAGAGAGAGGUCUCUCGGAAUUACUUCAAUCGUAACUCGGAAGAUGUACCGGAGCUUCCGAAACAGUGGUGGGAGAUCAUUGUUGAAGAACGGGACAAGAAGAAAAUGAAAGAGAGCCAGAAUAAGGCCGAACAAAAGGAGAUGCUUGAAGCAUUUGAUAGGCAGUCUCUCGUCGGUACAUAUUUACUUGUCAAAGCCGCGUUGAAGGAGUCAACAGCAGGCGCCACGGCCUCCGCCCAAGAACCACGGCAUGUUGAGGAAUCCAAAUUGGUUCAAGAUGGCUUAAAUCCAAUGACCGAGGCCCCAGCUACGCGGAAGAAAUCUAAGAAAUCAAAGAAAAAGAAUAAACGCAAAGGGAAAAAGUUGCCAUUGCAGAACAAUGAUAAAUCACAUUCCGAAACUCAACAUUGCAAUCCGUGUGGAACAGAUGAUUCAAAAUCAGCCAAUGGGAAACCAGCAAACGCGGAAAAGUAUUCUGAGUGCGAAAGCACCUUCGAUGGCCCAGGAUAUGCCAAUAACGCCUCGAACCAGAGUGCCGAGAGCUCUGUCAUUCACUCCUCAAACUCGCGAGGGGCCCCGAACACCGUAGUGUCAGGUGUUGAAUCACCACAUGCAGACCUUUCGAAGCGGAAUACAACGAUUGAUGAAUUAGAAAUCUUUUCAUCAGUCACACAUGAAGGCAUCCCGCCAGAGUUGUCACUUGGUCUCUUAGAAGAAGACGGGAAAGGCGUCAUUCAUAACAGUUGCGAACCUGAGCAGAAAAUCAGCCCGUCAAGCAGUCGUGCUUGGCUACAAUCAAAAGGCAAAACUAAGUCUGCUCAGUCAAAGUCGAUGACCCAGCUCGAACUUAACUCGUACAACAAAACUCAAAAUAGACCUGUCGAGGAUCUGAAGCGGUUUACCAUGGAAGACAGUCCACCGUCGCUGGAAGAAGCUCGUGCUAGGCGGAUCGAGGAAAGGGAAAAUGCCAAACGGGAUCGCUCCGACAGCAUACAGCUCCUAAGACACCGUACGUCGUCUAGGUCUUCCGCCCAGAUACCCUCAGCUAUCGAAUUUCACAGUCAGUUUGAAGAUAUUGAUUCAUUGAUGGAGGCAGUAGUUUCUCAAAGCCCCUCUUGCCAAGAAGCAACAGAGCAACUAAACCUCGGUCGGGAGGACCGGAAGGUUGCAUAUCAAGCAAGUAACUCAAGCGAUACUUUAACCACAGAGCGUUCGAAUAUUCCUCCGAAGGUGGAUUCUCGGAAUCCCGUCAUAUCAAAUGAGUUCGCCCUUUAUGAAUCCGAAUUUCCAGUCCUGGAUCACCCAGGGAAGCAGGGGCAAUCGGACGAUUCCGCUGCUAAGUCUGACAAGGGAAUUCAACAUAUGACAGGUUCUGAGAAGCACUGGCGCAAGAAGGAUGACAAGGUGAUUGUUAGAAGUGGAGCAAAGGGUGACGGCUUGGGUAGAAAGCAACCUAAGACAGAUAUCCAUUUCCUGACCGCUGUUCCGUUGGAUCUCUUCACAUUUGGAAAGCCCGAACGCAUCCGUCGCGCGGCUAAGGGCACUCCUGUUUCAUCCGGAACUUUGCAGAAUCUCCUCAUCGCGGAUGCAACUCGAGCUAAACGUAUAGCAUCGGGGCAGCCUGUGGAGAACCAGAAGCAAGAGGAUGAGAAAACACCCAAGAGCCCCCCGAGAAGAAUGACUGCUUACCCAAUUGAUGCCGAAACAAAGGAGGAAAUUCCAAAUAGCGAGAAUACGGCGAGGAAAGUGGUUGAUAGAUCUUUCAACAUCACAGAGCCAAACAAACUUGAGAUAUACGAGUGCAAGGGAAAGCAGGAUAGCGAGGUUCAAAACGAACCAACCCGCAAUGCGAAAAACGAUACAAAGAAUAAGCAAAACAAGCAUGCAUCAGCCCAAGCUUGCCAGACGGAGCCCAUUACACAAGCUCAGCUUCCCCCACCGGAUCUCCUUGAUAGGGUUGUUUGGCAUGAUGAACGCGCGAAUCCAAACAGCCCCAAGUAUAUGGAGGAUGACCGUCUUCGCUGGUAUCGUCAUUGGGAGGCAGAGGGUCAUUCAGUUCGUAUUUUCUCAGAGCUUAAGCAUAUAUGCGCUAAGGAAGGAUGCAAUGCACCCCUGUUUGACGAGGGACACCCACGCCACAGACAACCGCUACUCUGUUAUGGUUGUGGACCACACUCCAGUACUAGAUACUGUAGUGUGGAGCACCUGCUUGAAGAUUCCACUCAUCACGCAAUCCUCUGCGGUCUCUGUCCCUUGCCUUUCCCAACAGAUGGCUAUACUAUGCCAGACUACAUGUGCGGAUACCAUUCUUUCAUCCAUAACAAACAUGGAUGGGUAAGCAGGGAAUAUAACCGGCAACGCGCUUUUAAUGCGUACAAAGUCAAUUGCGACUAUGCCAUCUUCAACGAUGUAGCGGAGUCUCAGCGUCAAGGAACGGAAUUCCAUGGCAGCACCACUGCCCAAGUCCUUGUCUACUGGAAUGAAGACGAUCCGAAAAAGGAUCGGUUCAAUCGUUUGCUCAAUAUUGCUUUUUAUGAUCAUACCAUCGAAGGACCAGCGGAAUAUUUAUACCGUUGUCUCCGCUUUACUCUUCGCGAAGCGAACAAGUGGUCUGCGACGGUCGAGAAAGAGCUUGAUCGGCAGUUCCUGUUUGAGUUCAGAGCUCUCACAGCCAACUUUCCAGAACAAGAUUUCCCAUUGGACGACCGCCACUGGGAACAAGCUGGACUAGAGAAGCUUUGUGCAGAGGUAGAAGCAAAAGUCUGGCUUCUUCGCUCCUGGCGCAGAUACCAUCCCAAUGUCACCGACUGGAUCGCACGUGCCCAGGGGGUGGGCUUCCCUGGAACCACCGAAACUGACAAGAGACAGCGUAACCAGGGACGUAUCUGGAACGGAUGGGGCUUUGAGCACUCUGAGGUUCCUGGCACACCUAGUUUUAUCGGCUUUCUGAACGACGGCAGCAUCUAGUCCACCGGGGAUCAAUUCCCUGAUUGGGCGUAGAUCAGCUGUUCUACAUCAGUGGCUGCCAAUAGCACGAUCUUAGAAUCCGGAUUUGGCGGAGUCAACGAAAAGAGAAACGCUGAUACUACUGCCCUUCCGCAAGCCGGUGGUUAAAGAUCGUUGCCCUGAUCAGUUACUGUUCUACAUUCUACUUCUCUUUCCCUUAACUAGCCCCCAUUCAAUUCGUCCCCUUCCCCUUUCCCCUUCAACCCUAAUGUUUACAAUCAAGCGCUUAUUUAAUUAAUAUCCUCAAAUCGCAAACACCCUCAUAUUAAUAAAUUACUUAUACUACACCAUUUCCUUCCUUCCCCAUCCCCUUCAUUACCGCUAUUCACGAAAUCACAGUCGUAUCUUUCCCUCAAUCAGUGUACAUUCGCAC